UCGUGGUCGUGUUUGCGUUUUGCAAAAUUUUGAAAAUUAUCCCUAAUUCAUUGGAAAAUAUUGAGCAACGUGUUGUAUUUCUUACUUGUUAUAUAUCGUAUUACCUUCUUCGAGUUGGUCAAUGACUGAAGAUUAUGCGUAUUGAAGUUUCGCAAAAUGGUUAAAGUAUUCUUUCUUCAUCCCGACUUGGGUAUAGGAGGUGCAGAACGGUUGGUUAUUGAUGCGGCUUUGGCAUUUAAAAACAAAGGCCACGAAGUAGCCUUUUAUACGAAUCAUCACGAUCCUGGUCACUGUUUUGCCGAAACAAGAGAUGGGACCUUUCCAGUUAACGUUAUAGGCGAUUGGAUACCACGUUCUAUUUUCGGAAGAUUUCAGGCUCUAUGCGCUUAUACUCGUAUGGUCUAUGCCGCUAUGUACUUAGCCUGGUACGUUAUUCCAAACGAAGAACCAACUCUUAUAUUCUGUGAUUUAAUAUCCCUGUGCAUUCCAUUUUUGAAGUUGGCUAGGGGGUCUUUCAGAGUAGUCUUUUACUGUCAUCAUCCAGACAAAUUGCUGACGUCUGAAGGUGGUUUCUUAAAAAAGUUGUAUAGAGCACCCCUGAAUUGGCUGGAGGAGUUAUCGACGUCUCAUGCCGACAAAGUGCUCGUGAAUAGCAAAUACACAGCUAGAGUAUACAAAGAUGCAUUCCAGAAAAUAAAGGAUGUCCCUGACAUCUGCUAUCCUUCUAUUAAUACAGACUUUUUCAAAUCUACCCCACCAAAGUCCUUGAAGGAAAUAGUUCCAGUGGGUACAUACAAGUUUGUGUUCCUCUCAAUCAAUAGGUACGAGAGAAAGAAGAAUCUAGGCUUAGCUCUAAAAGCUUUGAGCCAUUUGAAAGAGCUUAUAAAUGAGCCUGAAUGGGACAGAGUCCAAUUAAUAAUGGCUGGGGGCUUCGACCCAAUAAAUCUAGAAAACAUGGAGCAUUUCAUGGAGCUUACAGAUCUCACUGCAGAACUCGACAUAGAGGAUAAAGUCAUCUUUCUGAAAUCACCGAAAGAUGUGGAGAAGGUUUCGCUGCUUUAUCACUGCAAGGUUUUAGUUUAUACCCCGUCUAAUGAACAUUUUGGUAUAGUCCCAUUAGAAGCGAUGUAUUACAGUAAGCCCGUAAUAGCAGUCAAUAGUGGAGGACCGACGGAGACAAUAGUAGACCAAGUAACGGGCUACCUGUGCGAGCCUCAUCCAGAAAAGUUUGCCGAAGCGAUGGCUAGCUUUAUAAUUAACCCAGAGCUCGGUCCCAGGUUUGGUGAAGCCGGUAGGAAGAGGUUUGAGAGUAAAUUCUCCUUCGAUGCUUUCACGAACCAGUUGGAUGGAAUAUUGACUAGAGAAAGGGAAAUUAUUUCUGAAAAUCGAGCUAUACAGUACGAAGAUAGAAAAAGACAAUAACAGAGUGACGGCACUCCAACAAUCUUUGAUAUUGUUUGAGUGCUGAAAUAUAAUAUAGUCCUCUUUUCUCCUGACUAAUCUUGUGAAUAAUAAUAUGCAGAGACGAUUAUGUUAAUAUUACGUUUGUGGUAGUUUUUAAAGCACUAAAACAUUAUUUUUAUAUUACAAACUGUAUUAUUCUCAAUGUAUAAUAUUGUCAUGAUAGAAGCAGCCUAGCAUUAAACUAGAAUUUUUAAACAGCAACUACAGUGCUCCCAAAGUGAUAAUGCGCAUAGAAGUUAUCAAAAUUUUUCA